CUCUGCCUACUCAGCUUCCGGUUGGUCCUAGUUCCGCUUCCUCUCUGACAGCGGCGCAUUUGCUGGGGGUCACAUUGAGCUGCUUGCUGCUUCAGGGGGCGUGUGUGGAGUCAGCACUAUGGCAGAAGACAUCAAGACCAAAAUCAAGAACUACAAGACUGCCCCUUUUGACAGCCGCUUCCCCAAUCAGAACCAGACCAGGAACUGUUGGCAGAACUACCUGGACUAUCACCGCUGCCAGAAGGCAAUGACUGAAAAAGGGGGUGAUAUCUCUGUGUGUGAGUGGUACCAGCGAGUAUACAAGUCCCUCUGCCCCAUGUCCUGGGUCUCAAACUGGGACAACCGCCGGGCUGAAGGCACAUUUCCUGGCAAGAUCUGAAGUGGCUCUACCUGCUUUUUUGUCCUCUGUCCUUCUCAGUGGUAAAGGGGGACCUGGGUACAUGAUGGUUCCUAUCCUGGGACCCUGAAUCAUGACUUACUAACAAUAAAACUCAGUGGAAAAGUAUAA